UUGAGCAAACGAGACUUGACUUGUCUCGCAGCAGGGCAAGAAACGCCAAGUGCCACAAUGCCCUAGACGAGUUCAAGACGGCGAUUGGCAGCUUGUCACUUUCCCUGUGCGUGUCGACAUGAAUUUAGAGUCGGCGGGUCAGGUGCCGACGCUCGACGUCGAGCUGGAAGACGGAGAAAUCUGCGACGACGACAGUGAGGAGCGCUCCACCGCCCGGCGGGGGGAUGGGAGCGGCAACAGGCCCGGCGGCGCCGCGGCGGUUCCUCCGCGAGGCCCGAGGCCGCCCUACAUGAGCCACCCGCCGCCAGAUCUUCGCCACCCGCCGCCAGAUCUUCGCCACAUGGUGCCCUACGACGUCCACGGACCCUCGAACCACCGGCAGCAGUGCGGGCCGAGUGGGCCCGACCGACCUCACGCUGCUCCCCCGCUUCCGCACUCGCUACCUCCGGGGCCGCCGCCGCCGGGGCUCAAUCCUCUUUGCGGCGGGCCCGUGCCGCGGCCCAGCUUCUGGGAACGGAGCCACGGCGCACUGUGGAGGUUCCGACACCGAAGCGUCCCCAACGGCGGACGAGGGCCUUGGAAUCGAGAAGGCUGGGCCGGCCACAGGCCCCCCAUGGCUCGUUAUGGGCCAGCGGAGAACAUCAACAGCCGCAAGGAGUCUCCGGGCAGGAAACAAAAGCUGUUUGGAAGAAACCUGGCGAGAAGAGCGCCCCCUAGUCAGGCCAAGUGCGAUGGCACCGAGUCCUUCGAGGACCUGCUUUCCAAGUACAAGCAGAUCCAACUGGAGCUGGAGUGCAUCCGCAAGGAGGAGAGCAUGGCGCUGGAAGCCGAGGUGGUCCAGGGGACGGAGGCCAAGGGUCAAAUGGCAGAGGCCGUAGCGGGCCAGCGGACGGAGGGCUGUCCCGUGGAGGCCCUCGUGCUUCCCCAAGUGUCUGUGCAGGUUCCAGUGGAGAGCAAGAAAAGUUUCCAAGCGUUCAACAUCAAACCUCUGCGCCUGAAACUCUUCACGCCUGCCAGUCUGGAUACGAGCGUCGAGGAGGCGCAACCGCAGCAAGAAGAGAAAGACGCGGCGCGAUCGGACGGCGAGGCCAAGGAGGCGGUGGAAGCGGACGAGGCGCCUACGUGUCAGCAUGAGGAGGCCAAGGAUGACGAGAAAACCCCUGGCAGGGAGUCGUCGGCCUCCAGCGAGGACGUCUUCAUCUGUCUCGAUGAGCUGGGCGGUCAGGUGGAGGAGGAGGACCUGUCGGAGCUGCAGCUGCGUCUGCUGGCCCUGCAGUCGGCCAGCAGGAAGUGGCAGCAGAAGGAGCGGCAGGUGAUGAAGAGGAGCCGAGAAACCACCAAGCCCGACGGCAGGACCGGGCCCAGGUCCAAGCCUCAGGACCGGGAGCGAGACAAGGUCAAGCCGGGGAGCCGAGAGCAGCCUAAAGCCGCUGCCAAGCCCACCGCCAGAACCCCCGUUGACCGAAGCAGGCCCAAGAAGAGCAGCGGAUCAGCCUCGGCCGGCAGACAGGCGUUGAGAAAGCGACAGCUGCGUUCGCGAGAGCUUCAGCGGCAGCGGGAGGAAGACGAGCGCCACAAACGGGAGGAGGAAAUCCGCCGCAUCCGUGACCUGUCCAACCAGGACGAGCAGUACAAGCGCUUCAUGAAGCUGGUGGGCGGCAAGACGCACAGCUGCGCCAAGGCCAGAGACGGCGAAGGGAGGAAGUCCGCCGGCAGGGCGGGCCAAGACAGCACGGGAAACCUUUACCAGUACGAUAACUACGACGAGGUUGCCAUGGAGACGGACAGCGAGCCCGGUUCCCCGGCACGUCUUCCUUUGGCCGCCCAAGGCUCCGCCUCUUUGACCGCGACGCAGCUUUACGGGACGCCUUUCUGCGCUGCUCCCACGCCGCCGCAAUUCCCUCUUCCGCCCGGCGACCAGGCGCUCCCGCCCAAGCUGCCGUUGGCUGAUGAGGAGGAAGAGGAGGAGAUGCUGCUCAGGGAGACGUGUCUCAUGUCCAUGGCCAACAAGCGGGUGGUGACCGCAGAGCAGGAGCCGUUGUGGAGCAGCCCCCCCUCCCCGAGCGCGGCGCUCCCCAUAGAGCAACCCAGCAGAGGAAACCUGAGCGCCGUCAGCCUCAACACCAUGACGGCGCCCCGUGGAAACAAGUUUGCCCGAGGAGGAGCUUCCAGAACCACCCUGGUGCUGCCACGCCACAAGUCCGUGGUUGUGUCGCUGAACGGGUCGGACGACAGCGACUCGGACCUGGACUCGGCGCAGCCGCAAGGCAUGUUCGGCGGCCUGGAGUUUAUGAUCAAAGAAGCCCGAAGGACAGCCGAGGUCAACGCCAACAAGUCCAAGGGAGCGGCGGCCACCUCGGAGAAGGAGAACAAUCCGCUGCGGACGCCCGAAGCCUUGCCGGAGGCCAAGAAGGCCGAGUACCGCUUGCUCAGGGAGGAGCUGGCCAGCAGGGAGAAGCAGAAGGCGUCCGCUCACGACGCCCGGCAGGUGAACGUCAUUGAUCCCGCUGCGGCGUCACUAGUAAGCGAAGCCGAGCAGAAGCUGCUGAAGCAAAGGGAGUUGCUGGUGCGAGACGAGGCGCUGCUCAAGAACCUCCUGCAGCAGCAGCUCAAGAAGUCCGAGUCCCUCAAGGCGGCCGAGUCCAAGGUGGCCAGGCUCCGGGAGCAGAUGCAGGCCUCUGAGAAGGUCGUGAUGGCCAACAAAAUUCUGCUCAAGAAGAUCCAGGAGCAGGUGCAGCGUGUGGAGCACCGCGUGUCCAUCAAAAAAUCGCUGGCCGCCCGCUUGGAGCAGGAGCUGCUCUGGACUCAGCGAGCUGCCGGAGGAGAACGCAAAGGCGGAGCCUUCCCCAAGCCGCUGGCCAGGAAGCUUCAGCGGGUGGACGCCGCCAAUCACUUUGCGGCGCUGAUGGCUCAGAAGCAGCGUCUGCAGCGACUGGAGUCCGAAUACGCGCUGAGGAUCCAGAAGCUGAAAGAGGCCCAGGCCUUGCGCAACAAAGCAGCGCUGUCCGAAGUGCCGAGCGAGCGGCGGCCCAAACCUGCCACGCUUCCCGACGCCAAGGCUUGUCUCCCGGGCUCCCCUGGCCCGCCUCAGCCCUCCCUGCACGACCUCACCCAGGACAUACUGGUCCUGGACAGCGAUGACAGUCCAGAUCCCGAGGCGGAGGAGCCCGAGGCGCGGGACCCGGAGGACGCGGCGCCGCCGGGCGCGGCCUCCCCUCGCCGCCGCUCUUUCCAAUGCUCCAACUCCACCAAACCCAACCUGGAGCAGACGACUUCCACUCCAGUCGCCAAAGGCCUCGCCUCUGCCAAGCCUGCCAAGAAUGUGCCGGAGGCGGCCACCGAGGCGUGCGCCGCCGCCGGUCUGGACUUGGAAGCGCUCCGGAGCCGCCAGUGUGGAGAGCCCGGGUUGGCAGAGCUGCUCGUGGAUGAGCUGGUCGCCCUCGGGGAGCUGCACCAUGUGGAGGAGCAAGACGCGUCCAAAAGUGCCAAGAUUUUGGUUUGUGCUCAGGUGCCGCCGGUGUGCACAGAGACGAGUAAAGGUGCGGCGUGGCCCACCCGGCCGCUUCCUUUUGGCCCAUACCGAAGUCCUCUGCUGGUCUUCAAGUCUUACAGGUUCAGUCCAUACUACAGAACCAAGGAGAAGUUGUCCCUGAGCUCGGCCACCUACAGCAACGCCAUCAAGCCCAAACGCUGCUUCUGCCGCUUCGACCUGACGGGAACUUGCAACGAUGACGACUGCUCGUGGCAACACGUGAGGAGCUGCUCGCUGACGGGAAGCCUGCUCUUCCAGGAUGUGCUCUCCUACAACUUGUCUCUGAUUGGCUGCUCGGACAACAGCUCCGACAGCCAAGUCGGCGCCGCCACAGGAAAGUACCUGAGUAAGCUGUUUGGCCCGCACAAAGACGGCAUGGCGGUGGACCAGAAGGCCGUCUUCCUGGUCAGCAAAGUCAACGAGAGCUGUCGUCACGUCCCGCCCUUCACCACCUGGAAGGGCAAAAGGAAAUGGAGGCCGGCGGCGGCGCAGAGUCAGCGCCGCGAGGAACGUGACGGCGAGGAAGAUGCCGCCGGAGGAGAGCAGACGUCCCCAAACUCGGACGUUGCCGUGUGCUGGUUGGACGCGCGCGUGACGUCUGAGGACAAGCGUUACUUUGUCAGCGACACGGACGACAUCUGCAAGCUGGAGAGCAGCGUGUUGGAGAACCCCGGAGACACGCAGCUGUGGAUCAAGCUGGCUUUCCGAUACCUCCACCAAGGCGACACGCCGCCCACCGAGUGCUUGGAGGCGGCCCUGAACACACUUUCUCGCGCACUGGAGAAUAACUGUGAUGACCCCGAAGUGUGGACGCACUACCUCACGCUUUUCUCUCGCCGCGGACGGCACGACGAAGUGGAGGAGAUGUGCCAAAUGGCCGUGGAGCACGCUCCGCACCGCCGUGUCUGGUGGAACUACCUGAGCUUGGCGAGCACGUUUGAGGCGAAAGACACUGUGUGCGAGCGUCUGCUCAACUUCCUGCUGGGCGAGGCGUGCGGGGGCGUGUCCGAGGAGCGCUCCUUCCAGCUGCUGGAGGCGCUGCUCUACCGCGUCCAUUUGAACGUCUUCACGGGCCGCUCGGAAGCCGCCCUCACCAUCUUCCAGGACGCCUUUGCGCUCACUCACUCGCCGGUGGGCGUGGCCGGGAGCCUGGUGGCGCCACACCGUGCACUGGCCUGGUUGGCGUACAUCCACCUCAAGGAGUUCGGCCGGCUUCCGACCGCUCUGUAUGACCCGUCCGAAUCGGGCCCGUCCCGGCUGGUCAGCGCCGAAGGCUUCCUGCUACCGUGGCGCUCGGCCGCCGACAUCACCACGCCGCAUGAGCAGCUCGUCGGCCUUUUUACAGACGGCAUCCGUCAGUGUAGCGACCAAUCUCUGUCGCCGAGCGAGAGGACGUCGGCGUGCCUGCCGCUGCACACCAACUUGCUGCUCCUGCACAGGCUGUUGGGCAGGUCGGAGGAGGGCGUGUCGCUGUGCGAGGCGCUCUUGGAGGCGUGUCCCGAGUCAUGCGCCCUGCACGACGCCCUGUGCGAGCUCCACGUGCACUCUGGGAAUGCCGCGCGUGCCGCCGACUCGUGGCGCCGCGCGCUGGCCGGAUGUCCUGGCAACGCCGAGGUUUUCUACCACUGCUGCUGCUUCCUCAUGGCUCAGGGCGAGCAGAGCACUGUGGCACCACUCUUCCGAGAAUUCGUCCUGUCUCUGUGCGAGGAGCCAUGUGCUCAAGUGACGCCCAUCGACCUCCUGCGGAGCAUCCUGGGCCUUCCCACAGAUGACGUGCGGGUGUCGGCCAUCGUCAGGAAGGAUCUGCAAGACGGGCUCCUCCGACAGCGCUCUUUCCUGCACCUGCUUCACUGUCGCUGGCAUUGGCUGCACGGCUCUGCGGGGGACGCGCUGGACGCCUUCGAGAGGGCGCUGGGCUCGGCCGCCGCAGCGCCGCGCCACCAGCUGCACCGCCUGUGGACCGACUACCUUCAGUUCUGCAGCGCGCAUGCUGCCCAGCGUUUGCCCGACUUGAUCCUCCGCUGCCUGGGCACUGUGCCCGCCCGCCUGGGGGUGCCCUUUGACCCCACCCACUUCUGGACUUCCUACCGCUUCCACAACGAGGUGGUGGCGCUCUACCUCGGCUGCGUGGACGAGUCCCAGCACGCGGCACUCCUGGAAAGACUCCAUUACAUGAUGCCCACCAACAUUGGCCUUUCGCUCAGGUUGAUACGGCACGAGUGUUCGGAGGGAAAUAUGGAGCACGUCCGCUUCCAGGCCAGAAUGCUUACCAACAGUGCCCCCAAGUGUUUGCCCGCUUGGAACAUAGCCAUUGCUGCGGAGGCGGAACUAAGUCAGCCGGCCGAGGCUCGUCGUGUGGUCCAGCAAGCACUCCAGAAUCUUCCGCUCUGCGCUCACCUCUGGAAACAUCUGCUGCAGUGGGAGGCAUGCGUCGGCGGCGCAGGUGCGGCGGAGCGCGCGGCCCGCGUGCUGUCUCGCGGCGAAGAGGCGGGCGUGACUUUUGCCGAGCCAGUCGCCACCGCUCAGACGGACGCCGUCUGAUUGCGGGCGGACGUCGAUUGACGUCCGAGGGCGGCGACACUUUGGGUCAGAAAUUGAGAGCAAAAAGCUGCGCCUCCUCCUGGUAUACGUAAGUAUGUCUGCUGAGUGACGUUUGCUUUGUCUCACUUCCUCUCUUUUCCCUGUGAGGGGGGGGGGGGGGGGUGGUUUCAUGGGAGUGUGGCCCGAAGGACGUUCGCCGCCAUCUUUUUGUGUUGUUCAAAACGAAGCAGACUUUUAUUUUGUUAACUGCUGGGAAACAAAGACUCUGGAACGUGUUUGGCCUCGGCCAUCUCAGCAGGAAGUGACAAACGCUGGACGAGAAACGGCUCAUUUGAAAGUUUGUCUUUUUUUUUACUUUUUCUUUUUUUGUAAUUAAAAGUAUUGAUCAUCAGUCAUCUUUUUUAUAUUAAAUUAUUUUAUCAACAUAAA